AUGAUUGUGAUUACUGUAUGGGACAUUGACGUUGGCCACAUUAAAGUUUAUUCAACCGUUGGUGCUGACAAAAAGUGCUUCUGUAGCCUUCAUUUACGAGAGAGAGAGAGAGAGAGAGUUGGGAGGGAAGUGAGAAGAAGUGUGAGAAUGGAUGAUAAGUAUAGUCACAUCCACACCUCUCCCCUUGCCUUCGCACUCACCGUCUCUUUAUUACUCUUCAUCGCUUUGCCAUACUCCCACUCUCAACCACCACCACCGCUCUGUGCUCAGCAGUUAUACAGGUGCAACUGGAACGUUUCCGCCAUCUUCGAUCCUCCCUGGGAAAAGAUUCCACCCUCUCAAUGUAACGGCCCCAACAAAUCAUUCCUGCUCACCUGCCAUGCUCAUUAUGAAUCUCAAAAUUUCACAGUGAAAGAUAUCGACAACACCACUCACACCAUGAAACUGAUGCCAAGACCCCCUGUCGACCAUGUCUGUUCUACUCACCUUUUUGACGGCUACCAGAACUUCGAUUACGAUAACUUCAACAGCACUCUGCUCCAGUAUAACGCGUCAGUGCGUAAAAUCAUCAUAUUUGAGCAUUGUCCUACAAUCCCAAAUUUCCCUUUAAAACGCAAGUUUACGUGCGCGGAUGUUGUGUAUUAUUUUGAGGAGGGGUACACGGAAAAGGAGAUGCUCCACAAAUACCCACCGCUUAAGGAUUGCAAUAGACGUUUGAACGUGCCUGCUGCCGGUCCUCUGGAUCGUUACGAUGACACUGAUGACGGAGCUGGAGUUCUGGAAGAAGCUCUCAAUGAUGCGUUUAAGGUCAACUAUAGUAUUCCUCGUGGCUGCACAAGAUGCAGAGAAAGUGACGAAAGUUGCUCACCGUAUGGUUAUGGUUAUGAUGAACGUCUAGUUUCAUGCAACUAUUGCCCAAAUGAACAGUGUUCUCUCGACACAGGUACUUUCAUUGGAGCAAUAGGAAUAUUGAUAUGCCUCGUAAUAGGUUGUAGAAAAUGUAUGUCAUCAAGAAGAACGGCUAAUGAGCAAGAUAUUGAAGUAUUCUUAAGAGAUCAUGGAACUCUAGCACAAAAGAAAUAUAAAUUUUCAGAAGUCAAGAAAAUGACCAAGAACUUCACAGUUAAACUGGGUGAAGGUGGGUUUGGUGUUGUAUACAAAGGAGAGUUACGCAAUGGUUACCAUGUGGCUGUAAAAUUAUUAACGGCAUCAAAAGGAAAUGGCAAAGACUUUAUGAACGAGGUUGCCAGUAUCAGUAGAACUUCUCAUGUUAAUAUUGUCCAACUUCUUGGAUUCUGUUUAGAAGGAAAGAAGAAAGCCCUUAUUUAUGAAUUCAUGCCUAAUGGUUCCCUCGACAAGUUUAUCGGUAAUAAGGGACUAGAAAGCACUCCAUCCUUGAGUUGGGAUAAUCUGUUGCAAAUUGCAAAAGGGAUAGCGAGAGGACUAGAGUACCUGCACAAGGGAUGCAACACUCGUAUUUUACACUUUGACAUAAAACCACAUAACAUUCUUUUGGAUGACAACUUCUGUCCCAAGAUAUCAGACUUUGGGCUUGCAAAACUUUGUCCUGGGAAAGAGAGCACUAUUUCAGUUUCAGAUGCGAGAGGAACAAUAGGAUAUGUAGCUCCAGAAGUGUGCAACAAACAUUUUGGUGGAGUUUCACAAAAAUCUGAUGUGUAUAGCUAUGGAAUGAUGCUACUAGAAAUAGUGGGAGUGAGGAACAAUGUUAAUGAAGAAACCACUGAAACAAGUGAAUACUUCCCAGAUUGGAUAUACCGAAAGCUGGAGGAAGACCAAGAUUUGAGAAGUGAUAUAGUCACAGAAGAAAAAGAGACAGAAAGGAGAAUGAUUACAGUUAGUUUGUGGUGCAUUCAAACGUUUCCAAAAGAUAGACCAACUAUGAGUAGAGUAAUAGAAAUGUUAGAAGGCAACAUGAAUUCCCAAGAAAUACCCCCAAAACCUGUUCUUUCUUAUCCCUCCACUGGAUUGGUGCCAGAAUGGACCACUAGUUCCUUGCAGUCUGAGUAG